UAUUUUAUGAAAUAAAGUUUAUAUUAUACGGUAAUCAAGCCCAUUACAGAUGGUGGAGGAUGCAAACCAACUUUUGAGACAAAAAUGGCAACGAUCGAAGAACUAACAGGGCUAAUAGCAGGUCUUUCAAGUGUUGUAAAAGGGCUCACAACAAAUGUCGCAGAAAUAUCAACGCAAGUGGGUCAACUUACAAACGCAGGAAUUUCAGGAAAUGACAUUCAAGCUGCACCGAAUCUCAAGUUACCGACGUUACAACUACCAAAGUUCAGGCGAGACAAGUUAGUUCAGGAUGAUGUCAACGAUUUUUUCGAAAGAUUUGACGAGCAAACAAAUCAUUUACCGCAUAACUAGCCUUGCGAUUAACAUUUCUCGAACAGCAAUGCGUAGGCGAAUGGAUGCGUUCAGUUCUGUCUAUUUGUCGUUGUAGCGAGGGAUUUUCUGAAAAAUCAGCCGCUGAGCAAUAUGGUCUCUGUACAAGACGGUUACGAGAGGAAUUUGAGGAACCAGAACAGGACAACUGUCGUCGACUAGCAAGCGAACUUAGUGUUAUGAAACAAGAACCAACGGAAACAAUCGAACAGUUUGCCUUUCGUUUUAAAAAUGUUCUUCAUCAACUCGACAAACUCGGUGAAUCAUUAACUAAACAUUGUCCAACUUACAGUAUUGCUCAGUUCAUAUCUCGUGUACAUCCCCAAAUUUCCCAACACCUUAUUGUCAAAGCCGAAGAAUUCAAACAGUUAGACAAAACUAUCGAGGCUGCCCGUCGUAUCGAACAGUCUUUGAAGAUGCAUGAAGUAAAAGAGUCUGAUACAGACAUCAAUUUAUCAAGUUCACUGAGUGAUUGGAAACCCCUUCGGGCACUUUCUACCCAGCCCACUAAGGGGGGAAUUCGGAAUGUUCCAGAAAAAACCCUGUUAAAGCAUGCUAUCAGUGUGGUGACCCUUCCCAUCUUCAACGAAGUUGUCCCUUGAAUAAACCUGUCCAGCAACGCCCACAACUUCCCCCUCCAAAACUGGAAAUCUGUAGGAACUAUAACCGUUUUCUUACAUCUCAUUGCGAACAGUCAAACAAUAAAUGUUCAGCUGGUCGACUGCACAAAUGUCUCGAAUGCAACAAGUGGGGGUGCAAAGCACUUCGCCAUCAGCCUAACCUGCGGUUUAACCCACCUAACUCAGUACAUCCCUCCUCAAAUUUUUGUGACUCCCAUGAUCCUGUUUAUCCUGCACAGCCACAUGCCACUGCAGGCGCUACUAAACCUUGCAACACCCAACCCAAUAGCUCAUCCAGGUCUGAUCCACAAAUAUUUGGCUUAUCAGCAGUUACCAAUCCACAGGGUGUGUUGCAAAGUCGACAUAUUCUGUGUGCCCCAGUCUCUUCUGCGGGAGUUAAAUUACCAUUACCAAUUGACAGCUGUUGUUCAGUGUCCCUGGUUAGUCAAGCACAUGCCAGAUCCAAAUUAUCUACCAUUGCCACCAUGCAAAUACCUAUCGUAUGGGAUGGGGGGAAAGAAUCCAUUUUUACAAUGCAUGUAGUCCCACAACUAUCUUGGCCUAUCCUAUUUGGGGAAAGCCACCUUCAUUCCACUAAAGCUCUAGUUGAUCAUGCAGUCCCCAGCAUCGAAUUCCGACAACCCAGCAUGCAAUUCAUGAUCAAAUGUUCCCUGGAAAACCCCCAACAAGCAUUUCAGAAUUCAACUCCACGACCACAUGCAGGAGUUACAUGCCUUUUAACUGGAGGCCCCUCUGUAGGUACUCACAAAUCCAAUCACUUAAUGCUUCACAGAGGUAUGAAUUUUGUUCCUGUGUAUUUUACACUCUCCACUGCACUUAGUGUCCUUUCUCCAGAUUUGUGGCUUGAAGGAAAAACAGUUCAGCCUGGUUUAACAGUUCUGGGUGGCCCAUUUAAUUGUCAAAAACAAAUGCAACAACCCAGUACUUCUAGUCAAACCACUUGUUAUGCUUCUAUGACUGACAUUGAUAUGACCAGUCCUGUUCCAAUAGAUGAUAUCACAGCCUACAUUAAUUCGGGAACAAAAGAACUUGAUCCCAUUCCCCAAACUGGUUACUCAACAAUGUUAUCAAUUGAUUGUCGGCACAAAAUGAUGAUCAUUAAUGACAUUGUUAUCUUGGCCCAGCUUCGGCCUUCAACUGCCGCCGACAAGGCAAGUUUUACAGAUGCUGCCUCAACCACUGCAUGUCAGUUGUCCGAUGCAUGGUUAACUUGGGCACAAAUGAACUCAGAUCAACCCCAACCUUCACACAGUUUAAUUCAGCAAGGCUCAUAUCCCAGACAAACAUGGAAACUUUCAGAACAAAAUGCAGAACUCCAAAAUGUAGGCCUAGAUUCAUCUCCACUGCAGUCAUUUACAGAAGAUAGCACUGAAUUUAACACAAAGCACCAUUAUCCAUUUCCUGAAGAUAAUAUCACACCAGUAUCACCUCAGGAACUGUUUCACCUUCUAGAUCUUGAUACUGACAAAUACUCUCAUGUUAGCCCAGAAAUUUUAGAUGCCUUCAAAGACGUUGUCACUAAGUACCAGUCGGCAUUUCUUAUACCAGGACAACUGCUCAAUGAAAUUAAAGGUUUCAAACACAAUAUCAAUACUGGUGAUGACUUACCUGUAUAUAAACAUCCCUGAUGAACAUGAAGAUAUUCGUGAGCCUGAGGAACAAAAUGGUCAAUCAAGUAGCAUUUCCGAAGACGAUAUUCUACAACCACGACAGACGCAUCUCAACCCUGACAUCGUUAAAGUCGCACAUGCUAUUGCCAAUUAUCUAAAGGACCAACCAAACCAUAAAGCUUAUUCUUCCGAAGCCUGUAAAGCUAUUUACAAACAACUACCGGAAGCAAGAGAAAUCAUCGCAAGACUCGGUCAACUUCGUGGUAUUGUUACAAAAUGUCCGUAUCUCUCUCUAGAAGGGGGAGCAACUGGCGGAACGUACUGCAUAAAACUUGAUAUGAACAUUUUUUCACAAGUUUAA